AUGUCUUCCUGGGAUGCGCGUGGAGGAAGCGGUUGGUGUAUGCCCGACCACCCUUGGCCAAAGGCAUUUAUCGAGAAGCAGAGCUUGGAGUGGCUUCUUGAGGUACACAACAACAUUUAUCGCGACAUACAGAGGGAUCCCUUCUAUGAGGAUAACGCGGCAUUACGGGGUUCGGCUAGCAUCAUUGAAGAGCAUCUUAGGGCGCACGGCGCGGUGAUGCUCGGAGAAGGCGGAGGGGCUGGAAGUCUCAACAUCCAGAUGUCAGCGCCAGCGCCAGUCCAAACACAGAUGCAAGUUCAGCAGCCGCCUCAGCAAAAUGUCAUUGUUCAUCAGCAAGUACAACAGCCGCCCGCGCAACAGCCCGCACAGCAGAAUGUCAUCUACCACCAGCAAGUACAACCGCAGCCGCAGCCGCAGCAGAACGUGGUUUACCAGCAACUACAACAACCUCAGGUGCUCAGCAUUCCUGCUCCUGUGGCCACACUGACUAUGACCUCUACGCCGGUGCAGGUUGGUACGGAGGAUGAUCUUGACUGA